AUGGCUGAUGAUGCGCCAGGAUUGGAUGCCAAUGAUGAUGCUCCUGAAUUGGAUGCGAAAGAAGAAUGGGACUGCUUCAAAUGUGGGGCAAAAAACGAUCGCAAUUUUAAAUUUUGCCAAAGGUGUUUUAGAUGCGAAACCGAUGUGGACUCUUCAGAAAGUAUCUGCUCCGAUUCUUUCUUCCAAUUUGAUUAUUAUGGAGGAGAAGAUGAAGCCGAGAUAGAAGUAGAAGAAGAACAAGAGAUCGAAGAACAAGAGAUCGAAGAACAAGAGAUCGAAGAACGAGAAGAAGUUGUCCCGGUCGAGAACGAGGAAGCAGUCGCCGGUCCGAGUAAGCCGAAGGAAAUUCUCAAAAAGGAGGCUAAACGCCGGACUUACAAGGAGAGGGAGAGAAUGAGGCGUGAGGAGGAGAAAAAGAAAGUAACUGACGAUGUCAAUUCUCUGGCUAAAACUUUUGAUGAGCAAUGUAGCUCUGAUGAGGAUGAUUCGUCAGCAAAUUUGAAGAAAUAGUUCAAGCACAACUAGAAUUCCCGUCCAUUCUCUUUCUUGCUGGAUGACGAGUCGUCAUACAUGCACACUGGAAAAUAGCUAAUGAGAUUCUUAUAGGCUAAUUACUCGAAA